CCCUUUUUGACGUGUUGUCUCCUCUCUUAUUCUCAUUCUCAUUUCAUUAAGUCAGUCAAACGCAUUCAUUCGCCUUUUUUGUAUUAUUACAUCCUUUCGACCCUUCAACGUACAGAUAGACAGCCAACAUGUUCCGCAAUCAAUACGAUAACGAUAUUUCAACCUGGUCCCCACAAGGUCGUCUGCACCAAAUUGAAUACGCACUCGAAGCUGUCAAGCAGGGAUCAGCUUCUGUUGGAUUGCGUUCGAAAACCCAUGUCGUCCUGUUGGCUUUGAAGCGUUCUUCUGGCGAACUUGCAUCGCAUCAACAAAAGUUGUUCAGGAUUGAUAGUCAUGUCGGAAUUGCCAUUGCGGGCCUUGUCUCAGAUGCUCGUGUUUUGAGCAAUUUCAUGAGAACCGAGUGUAUGAAGUCAAAGAUGAUGUAUGAUCGUCCCAUGCCUGGCAGCAGACUCGUAUCCUUGAUCGGCGAUAAGGCACAGAUCAACACCCAAAAUUAUGGCCGUCGCCCAUAUGGUGUAGGAUUGUUGGUAGGAAGCUACGACGAGGGCACGGGUCCUCACUUGUACGAGUGCCUGCCCAACGCCAAUUGCCUUGAAUACUAUGCUAUUGCUAUCGGCGCCAAGAGCCAGAGCGCAAAAACAUAUCUCGAGAAAUUUGCAAAUGAUUUUGAAACUGCUGAUCUGGAUGCUCUCAUUAUGCACGGAUUGCAUGCAUUACGUGAAACUCUUCAGCAGGACAAGGAAUUGAACCUCAAAAACUGCGCUAUUGGUGUCGUAGGAAAGGAUCAUGAUUGGGAAUUAAUCGAGGAAGAGCGAUUGAGGACAUAUCUUAAUCAAUUAGAAGCCGGCGCUCCGACGUCAGGAGAUGCUCCUACUGCUGCUGCUUCAGAGGAUCUUCCACAGGGAGAAGCCAUGGAUACCGAGUAAAAGAAAAAGAAGAUAAAGAUAAAGAUAAAGAUAAAGAUAAAGC